GGUGUUUGGUGAAAGUCGGAAGUUGGAGUUUCAUCAAGUGACACUUGACGCAAACGCAAUGGCAGAAGACAGCAGUUAUGAAUCGAUGCUCUGUGUGAAGCCCGAGGUCCACGUCUACCGGAUUCCGCCGCGGGCUUCGAACCGGGGUUAUCGUGCUGCUGAUUGGAAGCUGGACGAACCCGCAUGGAGUGGGAGAAUGAAAAUCACUGCAAAAGGAAAGCUGGCCUACAUCAAGUUGGAGGACAAAAACACAGGAGAGCUUUUUGCCCAAGCUCCAGUUGAACAGUAUCCGGGCAGUGUAGUUGAAGCGGUCACAGACUCCAGCAGGUACUUUGUGAUCCGGAUAGAGGAUGGAAAUGGCCGUCAUGCUUUUAUCGGUCUGGGCUUUGCUGAUCGAGGAGACUCCUUUGAUUUCAACGUUGCUUUGCAAGACCAUUUUAAGUGGGUAAAGCAAGAAGGUGAGCUGGCCAAAAUGGAAGCAACCCAGAGUACCGCACCAAAGCUCGACCUGAGCUUCAAGGAGGGGCAGACCAUCAAGAUCAGCAUCGGGAAUAUCAAGAAGAAGGAUGCAUCUGGUGCCAAGCCGCGCCCCAUGGCUGGAGGUCUGCUCCCACCUCCACCAGGAGUUAAGGUUGGAGGUGUCAUCCCACCUCCUGGCAGCCAGCACACAAUCACACCUGCACAACAACAAGAAACAAACAUUGGCCCUUUUUUAGACUUUGGAUCCCCUGUGUCUGAAACCCAACCCAGCUCUGACAUGUGGGGGGAUUUCACAUCUGCAGGUUCCAACUCCAGUAAAGAUGCUGUCAAAUCAGGCUGGGUGCAGUUCAGCUGAGUGUGGACAAACGUGGACAUGCUCUGUUUGCAUACAUUCCAUGGAUGGGAUGAUUGUGUGGGGAAAGAAAAAAAGAAGUGGGAAACAUGGCAAACUGGUCUGAUUAACGCACAGCAGCCACCCUGUGAGGGUCACAUACCAACUUGCUCUAAAAAGGAAACAUGGUCACAUCUACAUUAUUAUUAUUAUUUUUACAUUAUUUUCCCUUUUCACUCCCCUAUGUAGGAUGAUCCCUCUAUGAUUUUAGUAGUUGGGUAACGACAAAAUGUGUGUUAGUUUGAGUUACUUCCUCCAUUAUUGCUUUAAAGCAAUCAGCACCUCGUCUUUUUGGACUCUCAUGGAAUCCCUCGGAAAUCUGUGUAGAAUCAAAUGAAUGUCUUUUCCCCCUCUUUCGCAAAACAUUUUGUUUUCAGAUCCGAAGAGUUAAAAUGUUUUCCUUUAGAAUUUUUUUUUUUUUGCAGGAUUCAUUUUCAUUACUGGUAUUGUUUUUAGGAGGACCUGCAGUACUGAGCUCAGUGGUUAUGUUGCUAUUUUGAUGAAUAGUUUUACAUGGAACCCUUUAAUUGUUAAUCUAAAGAGCUUUUAAACAUGAUUAUGAUUUCAUGUUUUCAGGUUUGUCUUUGUUUACCCAGUAAGUUUUUUUCCCUUUUAAUGUGCCUUUUACCAAAAAAGAAAUGUCCUUAUUCUUAUUCAAAAGUUGCACUGAGUAUUUAAGUGCCUCAGAAAAAAAAAUGUAUAAAAUGUAAACCUCUUUGUAAAUAAACAGUAUAUUUCAU